UAUGCUCAGUGCAUUUUUAUAUAGUGGCGUGAUUGUGUAUAUAAUAUAAUACUUAUAUAUUUUUGAUUAUUAUUAAACAUAUUUUAAAUGCUUGUCGAAACGGUAUCCGAUGCACACGUGCAUUUCCAUUAUUCAGCUAGAAGGUUCAGAGACAUGUUACUGGCUAACAUUUUAGCGACUCAAAAUAAAAAUAAGGUUAAUAAUGCAGGGAAAGCGGCAAAAUCUGGUGUACGAGAAGGGUUUUUAAUCGAAUCAAUAAAUUCUGCGUCUGUUGAUCAUCUCACAUCUAAUGAAGCCCAAGCAUUAAUUAGAAAUUCCGGAGAUAAGUUAACUUUAGGCGUUUAUCGGCAAUCGAAAUCCAGUAUCGAAAAUAACGACCAAAAACAUGAAGCUGAAACUAAAGCAGGUGCAGAUAAAAGUGUUAGACCAAAAUCGACGGAAACAGAAACGCCGAAUAAAAAAAGUAAAAGAGUACGAAAGCGUAGAAGGAAAAAGAAACGCGCAGACUCUCCCGAAAAAUUAAACGGUCAACAUCCGAAGACUUUACCAAAUAAAAUAAUUGAAGAGGCUCAAGAGAUAACACAAAUAACGGAAAAUCCAAAAAUACAAAUAAUACCGGAAAAUUCAGAUUCACGAUUUGAUGAAUUAGAAUGGAUCAAACAUAAUGAAGCGCUCUUAAUAGCUGAUUUAAAAACACGUCAACAAGCUGGUUUACCAAUUCAAGUAGUAGUUAGAGUUGAAAAAAUCACACCUUCGGUACCAGAAUAUUGUCAAAUUAUUCCAGACUUUUGCCACUUAGAUGUUAUUAGAGAGGAAACAAGUGCAAGUGAUGAUGAUCCAAAAAAAGAAACUUGGGAAAGCUCCGAAAAAAUUAGAAACGAGAAUAAUUUCAAGAGAUUACCCGAAGACCAGGGUUCAGAUGUCGACGAAAAAUAUAAUAAUGAGUUAGAAAAUAUUUCAGAAGUGAAUGAAAAUGAAACUAACGCUUCAGAAUGUCAACUUGAAAGACUAGAAUCUCCGUCUUUAGUCAGAGAGUCGGAGAUUCUCAGGUUUGCAGAUAUUGUUACUACUGAAAAUGAAUAUGUAAUUGAUUUAGAAACACUUGAACCGUUAAAAAAUACAUUACAUUUACAUAAUUUAGAAAAUAAUAAACGUAUUGACAGGGAAAUAUGUAGUUUUUCAAACAAAAAUAAUUUAACUAAUGAAAAACAUAAAGACGAUUACACUUUGAAAGAUGUAAAAGUUAACAAAAGUCUAAUACAACACGAAAAAAUAAUAAAUAAUUGUAGUAUAGUUGUAAAUGGUAAUAAUGGUGGAAAAAAUCAAUUUAUUACUAAUACAUUAUUCGAUACAGAAUCAUGUGAAGAUACGACUAUAUACUUUCAAAAAAACUGUAUUGAAGUUGAUUGUAAAGAUAAAAAAGUGAUUAAUUUGGAUGUUUUAAAUACAAAAAGUCAACAUAUUAAUUAUUCUGAUUCACCUAAACUUUCAAGUAAACUAAGUAUGAAAAAAGAUAAUAAAUCUCCAAAAAGUGUUUUUAAUAAUCAUCAAGAGAACAUGGAACACGAAGAAGAGUCUUCAGAUGAUAGUACAAUAAAACAAUGUAAAACAUACGACCAUAAACACAAACUACGAAGACAAAAUAAAGUUUCCAUUCACGAUAAAUUAAAACAAAUAGCUAGAUUACUUCAGGACGAUACAGAUGAUUACGAAGAAAUACAAUCAUCACAAACAACUUCUAGAUGUGUUUCAAUAGCUUCCGAUGCUGACGUUGACACUGAUUGGGUAAGUUUCACUCUGUCUGAUGGCGAAUCAUCAAAGUCGUUGUGCUUAUCGCCUAGUCAAUCGAAAUCGUGUCACGCUCCGUCCACUAUUUCCAAAACGUCUGAAAUUAUUGACCUGCACAAAAAAUUUCUUAAUAGAACAAAAAGUCCAAAUUUAUCACCACGUCAAGAUUUAACACCCACAGUAGAUAUCUUAAGUUAUAACAAAUCUCAAUCACAGUCGCUUUCGAAGUCGUAUAGUUCCGAAGUUUUUGACGAAGCGUGUCGAAUGUGCGGUACUAGUGACGAACCAUUGUCUGAUGCUGAAUGUCUAGUGUCUUUGCGCAAGUAUCGAGAAACUCGAUCUAGAUUAUUGGAUGUAAUCCAAAAAGAGCAACAACUUAAUCGAUCAGUCAUCGAUCGACCGUCACCAAUGCCUACGUUUAUGGACACGCUGUCGUUUCCCGACAACCACACGAGGGAGCUCAUGUACGCAGAGUACAUGGAAAAAGUGAAAGAAAGAGAAAAUCGACUUCAAAAUAAAGUUAUUAGAAUAACAAAGGCCAGUAGACCGUUGUCAUCAGGUACUCUGCAAUCAUUAAACGAUAUUGAUGCAGAGUUUGUAACCAAAGCUCGUGAGAGGUUGGAUAAGUUAGGCGUCGAGGCGGAUGUGCAAAUAGAAGUGAAGGAUGAAUAUUAUCCAAAGCACUUGGUGGACAUUGUACCGGAAGAAGAAGUUUGCAUCGAAGAAGUGCACAUGAAUGGUGUCUGGUCGCCAGAACUAAAGCAUAGAUCAUUGGACUUAGAGAAUAUCUCAAGAAAAGUAGAAAAAAACCAGCCACAGACUGAACUACCUCCAAUAUGGACACCCAACUCCAGCCCGACACCUGAAAGAAAAUCUUACAAACCAGUCAGGUUCGAAUCACCAACGUUAUCUCGAAAAAUAAUCAAUGAAGAUACUAAAAAAGUACCUCCAAAACCACCAGUUGAUUUACCUGUAUUGAGCUCUCCAUUGCCACCUCCUCCUCCUCCUCCAUUACCGUCGAAAAUACAAGGCGAUGAAAAUGUUCAUAGCACGGACAGGAGACUUCCAAGAGUUCAAAGCCCUACUGUUACGCUCCUUCAGAAAGCAAGAGAAGGACAGUUACCGAAAGGCUCUGCAUACCUCAACUCAGAAGAAUAUAGUAUGGACAAAGAAAAUAAAACAAGAGGCUCUACUGUCAAACGUAAUGUUGAAACUCAAGAAAUAAAAUAUGCUUCAAGACGUGAGUAUGAUAGUCUGCAGUCGGACGAGAAAAAGCAAAAAAAAAUGGUGGAAAUCAGCCCAAAAAAGUACGAAGGUAUCGGUCCGACAACUAAAGAAGGAGUUCCAAUUGUAUUAAGAUCGGAAAUUAAAGAGCCAAAUCAACCAAAAUGGUACAAGCAGAUGUAUGAGUCUUUACAUAAGUUUCAAUCUGAUGAUGAAGGGGUAACAGUACGAUACAAAACAUUAUCGCGAGGACCUAAAACUAGAAAAGGUGAUGGGUAUUCAUCAGAACCAGAAAAAGGGUAUGAAUCAGAUUUCGGUGAAAAUAGACCAUUUCAAAAUUUAGACGGCGAAUACACGAGAAAUGUUUGCAUGAGAAGAUCUGUAUCUCCUGUAAAAUGUGGUCAAGACAGAUACAAAAAUCAACCAAGACCAAUCGAAAACUAUGAACCAGGACAUUCUUCGAUAGCCGAGAAAGAAACAAGACAGUGGUGGGAUGAGGUUAUGAAUACUUUUGACGGGGAUUCUGAACAUAAAAUCCCUCCUACUCAAAAUCGGUCGUCGUCAAAAAAAUCGAAUCUGGCUCAAGCUUUAAAAGAAUCUGGAUAUGAUAGCGAUUCCACAUUAAUAUUUAAAAGACAAGAAAAUCAAUCUCAAUGCCUUUCACCUACCGAACAAAAAAGUGCAUAUAAAGUAAUUCAAAAUGGGGGAGAAGUACCAUUUCAGGGCUUACGAAAAACUUUUCCUGAACGACCAAAAGAUUUGGAGUUGGAGUAUUUGCCAAUCACGUCUCAUUUAACUAAAAUCCAAAUAAUGAAAUUUGAUAAUGAAGUAAUUCAUCACCCUUGGAAGGAAGUCACUUGUUACCCAGUUUUUUCAAACUUUAAAAGAACAGCUAAAUCAUCAGCAAGUUCUACUGGAUCACCUCCUACUCCUCCUCGGCGAGAAUCAUCUCGUAAAAACUCUAGACUUGAGCGAUGGACUAAAGGCGUUGAUGUAGAAUCAAAUGUCGAAUUAAAAGUUCGUAAAUCAAAACCUGAAACAGAGAAAAGAUCAAAAAUCUCAAGUUUAAAAAGUUCUACAAAAAUGUACACUAAUGACCUAAAAAAAGAAAAAGAGAAGUCCCCUAAAGUUACAGUUGCUGUAUCAACAAAAGGAAAAGUGCUUCCAAGGUCUAGUACUUCAUCAACAAAUUCUUCAGAAUCAUCUUUAUCUAAAAAAACAAAAUCAUUAUUAACUCCAGCUAAAAGCAUCCCUGUUUCUAAAACCACUCAGAAAACAAUUUCAAAAGAAAAGGUACUAAAAAGUAAUUUAGUAAAAACAAAUAGCGGAAAACGGCAAACCAAAAAAAUUGAAAUUGUCAAAACCUCGGUGAAAUCGAGUUUAAAAAGCGAAAAAGAUUUCAAAAAUAAUGAAAAACAAAAUCAGUUUGGAGAAGAAUUUUUUCAACAAUUACUUUUGACUGGUGAAAAGAAGAAACAAAUUCCUAAAAUAAGUCCAAUCAAGGAUAAAGAAAAAUCUAAUGUAUGUCGUAAAAGUAGCAAAAUAGACAUAUAUUUAUCAAGCAAAAAGCCUGUGUCUGAAUCUAAAUUUAAAUCUUUUGAUAAAUAUCAAUCUUCUGGUGUAACAGAAUGGGAUCAGUUUGGAGAUGAAAGUGUUGAUUUUUUAAAAGGCAGAAGUGCCAGUGAACCACCGUCACGGUCUCCAUCUUCUCGUCGUAUCAGAAGUUUCCAAGCACCAGUAAAAUUGAUUGAAAGUGUAACUGGUAUCCGCCGAUGUCAACGGUCUAAAAGUGCUGAAGAACCUAUGGAGAGAGUUAAAAAUGCUGCAGUCGAUUAUGAAUAUCAAACCUAUGUAAGAGAGUUAAGACACUCAAGUAAGAAAUCCGAACGCUUUAAAGAGUUACAUAAUUUUUAUUGUAGUUUGGAAAGAUUGGGAGAAUUAGAAAAAACUGCAGAAAAUGCGAGUAAUAAAGUUAGAACACGUGGAGAUCUGGUGGAUUAUGAUAAGUGGAAGACCAUUCGGGUUAAGGAAAGAGCUGAAAAUGAAAUAAAAUCACUGCAUGCUAAACUUGAAGAUGUUCAGAAGUCAAAAGAUGUGCUAUAUAAGACAAAAGACCCCGAAGAAAUACGUUGGAAAGGGAAUUUAGAUCGUGGCUUGAGAAAUAAAGAAACUUCAGUGAUUGAUUUAAAACGAAAAUUUCAUGCUAUAGGGAUCGAUACUUAUUGUAAACCAGAAGUUAACGUUUACAGACCACUAUGGAGAGGAACUUCAGUUCAAGAUGUAGCUGCUUCAUUAAAACACAUAACAUCAUCAAAAAGAGGUCGUCCUGUAUCAGAAGAGAGGGAAAACAAUUAUACACCCAUACCCAGAAGAUCAAGUUCUAGAAGUCCUUCUAAUAUUGGUUGCCGAAUAUGGAGCAGUCUUUCUAUGGAACAAUUGAAUCGACUCAAGACACAACUUAAUGAAGUAUAUAGUACAAUAUCUGACAUGAAAGGAGAAAGGAUACCAAGAACUAUACAGAGAACUAAAUUAAAAAAUGAUUACGAAAUUGAAGUAAAUGGCAAGGUAAAGAAAUCUGAAAUCAGUUCAUCAUUGUACGUAAGAUCGAGUUCAAUGGGGCCCUCUAGAAAAAAAGAUAGAGGAGAAGUACUAAGAAAAGCUGAUUCAAUUGGAUCAGUGUGUUUAAGUGAAAAUGAAAAAAAAAAAAUUUCAAAAAAUAUUAGUAAUGAAGUGUUAGAAAAAAAACAAAAAAAGCAUUCAGGUAAUGUAGUAAUACCCAAAGAAACUCUAGGAGCUGUUGCAGCAGUAAAAUGUAAGGAAAAUAUUCCUGAAAGUGUUUCACCGAGAACAUGUUACUCCAUAGAUGUAUCCGAAGAAGAAUAUAUUGCAAAGAAUUAUGAAAAAAACUAUUUAUUGGUUUUAGCUGAUAAUGAAGACAAGAAAAAAAUGAUCUCUGAUUGGGCAAAUGGCACAAAUGUUAGUGAAUCCAGCUCAUCUGCUUCUACAGUUAUACACCUUGGUGCAAAGAAAACAAAUUUACAUUCAUCUCAAAGUUUUUCAUCUAUGAAAUGCAUUUUCGGAGAAAGAGAUUGUAUGAGAAAAGUAUUAUCUCCAUCGCCAGAUCACUGCUACGAGUAUUCAAAAUUCAUAAAGAAUGGAUUUGUUAGAAAGCUUUGUAGAAAAUUUGAAAGCUUCGAUGAUCUUCGAUUUUUGCAUACUCCAAUUGAAUCAAAUACUUUAAAAAGAUACAAGAGUGACCCAGAACUCAAUAGGAAUAUUAUUAGAUAUCAUGAAUACGGCGAUGUGCAAAAUCUGAAAAUAAAAUACGAACGGUGCAAAAGUCCAGUGCCCAAAUAUCCAUUAAGGCCAGAUAAUAGACUUAUGCCCCGUAUAAAUGUAAUUAGUAAACUGGCGAGUCUUCAAGACAAGUUAACUAAAGGUGAAGUAGAAAGAAUAAGGAUCAUGUUUGAAAACAGAAAUAGAGCAUUUAUGUUGGGUCAAUUUUAUACUUCUACUCCUGACUUGAGAGAAGCAAGGAAAAUGAUACCAUUUUUAGACUGCAAUUGGAUGGCACACAAAUAUCCAGAACCAGAACCUUUUACUAAACCAAAAAUAAGGCCUAAAUCUGCAUCACCAGUCAGAUAUAACAAAAAACAUCAUCAUCCUUCUAUUCUGAAACAAUCAAAACACGAUGGAUUUUUAAGUCAACCAUAUAAUCCGGAAGCUCAUAAGCCCAAAUAUAGGUGGACACCAUCUUGGAAUGGUAUAUGGACCCAGCAGCCAACAUUACCACCAAAACCAUCAAUUGUUAAAUUUAAAGAUUCACCGCACAAAUAUGCGGAGUCGGAGGUAACACUACAAUAUCGACGUCCGGUGCGAAACGAAAUUAAAGAAGAAUGGACAGAAGAAGAAUUAGCUAACAAACAAGCAGAAGCUAUGAGAAGGAUCUACCAAGAAGAAAGACGAAGAAAGUACCUUCAAGAACUUCAAGACAUGUCGAAUAGGAGACACGCAGACAACUUAUUGCCUUCUCAAAAAUCUCCCAUCCCGUUAAACCGCUACGACGAUUUCGUUGACGAAAGUCCACAGCCGCCAAGAAGUCGUACUCCAGAACCAAAGCUCGUAGCAAGAGCUUUAUACAACUUUGUUGGCCAAACGUCCAGAGAACUGUCGUUCCGGAAAGGUGACAUCAUAUUCGUCCGGAAACAGAUCGACAAGAAUUGGUACGAGGGGGAGCACAACGCUAUGGUCGGAUUGUUCCCUUUCAACUAUGUCGAGGUAAUUCCGUACGAUGGCAUCAGGACAACGCCGCACAGACCUUAUGAAGGCCAAGCAAGGGCAAAAUUCAAUUUUGUUGCACAGACCAACAUGGAAUUAUCUUUGGUUAAAGGAGAACUGGUUGUCCUGACUAGGCGUGUUGACAACAACUGGUAUGAAGGCAGAAUCGGAAGCAAAAAGGGAAUAUUCCCUAUAUCUUACGUCACAGUCUUAGUGGAACCAGGCGAUCACCCAAACUCGUCGACGAGCGAAUCGUUCAAACCCGUAGCGUCUCCUGCAUCGCAUUCUCUCAUUACCAGUAACCCGCCGAAAACGCAGCACAUGUACCAGCCGGAUAGCUAUUCUUCUAUGCCGACAAGAAAUUCCGGGACUCAAACGAAGAAACAAGCAAAUAACAUAAAUGAAACUCUACACGUUGACGUACACUCAGAACCCAUGCCUUAUAGGGCGUUAUACAAUUAUAAGCCACAGAACAGUGACGAAUUGGAACUUAGAGAAGGUGACGUAGUGUUCGUGAUGGAAAAAUGCGACGACGGAUGGUACGUGGGAUCGAGUAAACGGACAGGAUGCUUCGGCACUUUCCCCGGCAAUUAUGUGCAACGCAGUAUCUGAUCUGUUGGCGAAAAAACAAAAUAGUUUUUCCAAAAAAAUUACCUUUUCGUCUCCUCAUCCUCGUCCUCUUCUUCGUGUGUGUCCUCGGAUUCUCACUCGUCUCUCUAAGUAUAACAUAAUUUUAUAUACCAAAGGAUUUUGCAUUAACUAUAAGUUGUUUUUUUUUUUUUUUUUUUGGUUAUAGUUUUAAACGUUCACUGUUAACAUAUAAUACCUAUUAUAUGUAAUGUAUAUUUCGUCUGUAAUUAGAUAUCGUGUUAUUAUAAUCGAAUAACAUUAUAUUAUUACUAUUAUUAUUAUUAUUAUUAUUAUUAUUACUAUUACGAUUAUAUAAUUAUUGUAAAUGAAAAAAACACUAGUCAGUCAAUAUCACUAUUAGAGAUACAAUAUUAUACUCUAUUCAAUAUUCUAAUGGUAUAGAACACUUUAUAAUAUAAUCUAUCAUACUCCAUUGGAGUUUUUAAUAUUUGUACAAUAAUCUGAUAAUAUACUAUUUUAUGCUUUUAUGCAUGUUGAACAUACAUCAUUUCUGACCGAUCGGCGCUACACGUGUGUGUAACCCUAAGCUGUUUUGUUUUUCUAAGAAUUUUAGCCCCUCUGAACGAACCCGGAAUAUAUUACUAUGAUAAUAUAUUGACGUGCCUUGAUUUUUUUUUAUUAUUAUUAUUUAAUUCGCCUACGGAAGACUGGAAACAAGCUGUAAUUCUAAACUUCUGUACUUAAGAUUUCCCUCGGGCCUCGGCUAUAUUGAUUUAUCGUUGUACUUAUGUAAUAUUCAUAGGUAUAUUGUUCAUAAAAAUUAAUACAAUUUAAUUUAACAAUUUUGUAUACACGGAUAAUAUCCAUUAUUAUACAUUAUAAUUAAAUAUAUUUACUAUUUUACAAUCGUAUAUUAUAUACAAUGAUACAAUGUUACACGCUCGCUUACACGUAGGUACACACACAUACACAUACGCGUGCGUGUGCACAAACUUGUACAAGACACGUUAGGCGGCAUAUUGUUGCAUUUUUUUUUUUUUAUUGGGGAGGGGAGAGGUCUCAAGUGGCCCCCUGCGCACCGAUUACCAUUUACAUCAUGGUCCACGGAUGUACAUACUACAAUUUCAUUUGAGGGGCUAAGCCACCUGAAGCCACCUCCCCCUCCUCAGAGAACAGUUCGAGCAACACAUACACACACACUUAUAUAAGACAUAUUAUAAAUAAAAUGAAUAAAAUGAAUAUACUACUUGUUAAAAUAUAAUAAUAUGUUUAUAUUUUUCAUUUUUUAUUCUUGUAAGACCAAAUGUUCCUCAUUUAAUAGGCAUAAUAAUAUCAUACGGAUAGAUUGGCGAAACGUUAAACCAUUAGAUGUUAUGCCAAUAAACCAUAAAAAUAUAUAGUACUCGUCAUAUAUAUACUAUUAUAUUAUAUAAACUAUAUUUAAGAACAAUUUCUCGAAAAAGUGUACAAUUUUUUUUUGUCCAAUAAAGUGACUAAAUUUAUAAUUUA